AUGGUGGUCCAGAUCUCCGCCCUCGUCCUCCUCGCCGUCGCCUAUGGCGCACAGGCCGGCGCUGUCGGUGUCACCUACGGCCACGCUGCCGUAGCUGCUCCAGCUGUUGCUGCCGUGCAUGCUGCCCCAGUUGCUGCUUACCACGCCGCCCCAGUCGCUGCUUACCACGCCGCCCCAGUCGCUGCCGUCCACGCUGCCCCAGUCGCUGCUUUCCACGCUGCCCCAGCUGUCGCUAAGGUCGCCGCUGUCCCAGUGGCCCGUUCCUACACCUACCGUAGCGACAGCUUCGGCCCAGCCGUCGUUGCCACCAGGGCUGUUGCUGCUCCAGUCGCUGCUGUUCACGCCGCUCCAGUAGCCGCUGUUCACGCCGCUCCAGUCGCUGCUGUUGCCGCCCCAGUUGCUGCAGUCCACGCUGCCCCAGCUGUCGCUGCCGUCCACGCUGCCCCAGCCGUCGCCAGCUAUGGCUUCGCUGCCCCAGCCGUUGCCGGCUACGGCUACGCUGCCCCAGCCGUCGCCAGCUACGGUUUCGCCGCCCCAGCCGUCGCUAAGGUCGCUGCCCCAGCUGUUGCCAGCUACGGUCUCGGCUACGGUCUUGGAUACGGUUACGGACACGGCUACGGUGCCUACGGCAAGGUCUACGGUUAA